AUUUUUUCCUGUUGACAAACACGAAAAUUCUGGAUUUUCGCCAUUAAGAAGUGAUUCUACCUCCUCUUCUCUGGAUUUCGCAUUUGAUCUGCAGCUCCAAGCACACUUAUUCGAUCCCCAAAUACACGAAACUUAAAUAUCGGAUGGCAGCACUGCUUUUGUUUAGUUGAAGUUGGCUGAGAGAGAAAUAGAAUUCGAGAAUUGUCAACAAUACGUUGCAGAAUCAUCGAAAAAAAUGGCAGAAAGUGAGAAUGAAAAACCAACUAAAAAAGUGUAUACUGACGCUGAGCGUUUGGAACUUGCUGCAAAAUUAGAUGCCGAAUUAGACGAAUAUAUAGAUAGUUUAGAAAAGAAACAGUAUACUGAAGGAUGGCCGGAAGAUCGGUGGCAAGAAGAAAUGGAGAAACAUCCAUUUUUUAUGAAAAAUACUCCUGGUCCAGGAGAGGAGCUUUCACCAUUAAUGGAAGGCUUACAGCAACUUAAAUAUAGUACAGAAGAAAAUACUGCCGAAGAAUUAGCUAAUAAUUAUAAAGAAGAUGGAAAUUUUAAUUACAAGUAUAAGAAAUAUCGCUUAUCUAUUCUUUCCUAUACUGAAGGCAUUAAAACAAAAUGUAAAGACACAGAUUUAAUGGCUCAACUUUACAAUAAUAGAGCAGCUGCAAACUUUAUGUUAGAAAAUUAUCGAUCAAGUUUAAAUGACUGUAAACAAGCUUUAAAAUUAAAACCACAAUAUGCAAAAGCUUUGAACAGAGCUGCGCACUGUUAUCUUAAAGUUAAAGAUUUCUCACAAUGUGUUGAAUUUUGUGAUCAAAUUUUGAAGGAAUCUCCAAAUGAUAAAUCAAUUAUUGAUCUUAAAUCGCAGGCUUUAAGAGAUAAGAAACAAUGGGAGAGAGAUUUGCGAAAAGAGAAACUCAAGGAGAAGAAAAUUGAAAAACAGGAAGAUAAAGUUCUAGAAAUUAUUGCCAGUAGAAAUAUUAAAUUGCAUACGACGAAGGGCAAAGGAAUCGUAAAUUUAAAAGAUUUAGAACCACAAAUUCCACAAAUUGCUCAAAAUGUUGUUCAUUUGGAUGACAAUAAGAAAUUAAUUUGGCCAGUUAUGAUUCUCUAUCCAGAAGUAUUUCAAACUGAUUUUAUUCAAAAUUUUCAUGAAGAUUCUACAUUCGAAGAACAUCUUGAGGAACUUUUUGAAAUUCCUCCUCCAUGGGAUGGAGAUAAAAAGUACAAUGUUAGAAGUGUUAAUGUCUACUUCGAGGGACAUAAUAAAAUGAAUAUAAACAAAGUUGAUAUACAUAAAACUUUGUGUGAAAUUUUACAAAAUGAAAGGUUCAUCGUUCAAGGAGGAACCCCGUCAUUUUUAGUCUUACUCGCAAACAGUGAAGCUGAAAAGAAACUCUUAUCCAACUAUUAAAAAGUGACGUUUUUUUUUUUUAAAUUUUCUACUGAAAGACAAUAUUUUAAUCUAAUAAUAUAAUAAAAAAAGCACAAAUUUCAA